ACAACCACCACCAGCAUCCUUCCCCCCGGCAUCCACACACCCCGACACUCGCUCCGCUUGCCCCUCCGUCUUCGGGCACACUCGCUGCACAGCUAUAGAGCAGGCCCUCCUUGUCGCUGCCUCAAUCCCCCCUUCAUCCGUGUCUGCCAAUCGAGGUCACCUAUAUAUCCUUCAAGUUCUUCUUGGCAGCUCAGCUCAAAGCAGCGACACUCUCCUCACCUCUCUCUUGGACAUAGCCAGGCAUCUGCUUAGCAAGCACUCAUGUCUGCUCAAGCGACUCCUCUGCCUACCGCAGUGACAGGCAACAACGGCAAUGGUAAUGGCAACAAUGGCAAUAGCAAUACCAACAAUGGUAACGGCAACGGCAAUAGCAAUGGCAAUAGCAAUGGCAACAAUGGCAAUGGCAACAAUAGUAGUAAUGGCAACAACGGCAACAACGGCAACAACGGCAAUGGCAAUCAGAAUACUGUCGCAUCGACUCCCUCGACUGCUGUACAGAAUCAAUCUACCGCUGCGCAGAAUCAGCCGAUUGGAACGACGCCGACGACUCAGCAGCAAGCGCCAGCGACACCAACGCCGUCCGUCGUUCUUGUGACCGUCACAUCGCAACAGCCAGACAAUACUGAGCUACCUCCUGUCGUGGUGACCCAAGUAUCAACAGUGCCCUUCACACCGACCGGAACGACGCCCCGCUCAUCCUCCACAGCACGGACAAGCGCAUCCGCUGUCCCACAAAAUGCAGAAAAAUCAGGUCUUACGACAGGUGCUACGGUCGGUAUUGCCGUGGCUGUGCCCGUUGUCGUGCUGGCUUUGCUCGGUGGACUUGGAUUUCUCUUUUGGCGUAGAAGGAAGCGAAACCGCGAUGCAAUGGUGAUGCGUAAAGCAGAGGCAGAUGCCUAUUCUUUUGAUCCGAAUGCGGGUGGUGCAACGGCUGGCACGGCAGCCAUGACGCAGGGUGAAGGCGGAUACCGUGGAUGGGGACAGACGCAAGGGAGCAGUGUCGGCGGGACCGGCUCACUUCCUGGCAGUACAUUCCAGCCUGGACGUGGUGAUUUUGCAACAGGUGCAGCGGUGGGUGCUGUUGGUGCAGGUGCGUUGGCCGGCGGUGCAGCCAUGGCAGGUCGACGUCCCUCUGGGCGCAGUCGGCUGGAGGAACCAACCGUGCCUACUUUUGCGCAAGAUGAUCUGGACUCUGUAGCGCCGACAAGUCCGAGACACUCGACCAUGCUCUCCUCCGGACCGGGAUAUCCACUCGACAAUGGAAGCCAGGACCUUGGCAUGCCAGAACACAGUGGGUCUGCUCAUGCUCAGGAUAAUCUGCCGCUCAUGUCCGCUGGUGCAGCCGCUGCAGGUGCUGGCGGAGCUGCUGCAACCAUGCCUUCUGGUCCACGUCGUCAGGAGUUCCCGGAUGAGCGCUAUGCACCGGGCCGCAGUCAAUAUGGCGCUGCACCAGGUCCUCUCCCAGGCCGUGCAGCAGAUCGCGCGCCUUACCCGAUCACUGAACCAUCUUCGACGCUACAGUCGGGUACAGGCCGAAUGAGCGCCUUCUUGCCGCCGCUGCAAUCGAGCAACAACCAACGGACGCCUGCCAUUGUCCAUAACAACGCAUCGGAGCCUGACCGUCGGUACUCGUAUGCGGAGAACUUCUAGGCUGUGUGUUUUUAAUGCCACCACUUCCUUCGUAUAGUGCUCUUCCUCUUCGUAGUUGUACCUUGCCUUGCAC